AUGACUCGUAUUCUCUGCACAAAGUGUGUUUUCAGUUGCACCGCAACGCUUGCCAGCAUUGGAGCGGCAUGCGUUCCAAGCGCAGGGUUGGUUACGAUGCUGAUCGUCUUAACGGCUGCCAACCUACCCACUGCAGACGUUGCGUUGAUCGUACCGGUGGACUGGCUGUUGGACCGUUGUCGGACAAGCGUGAAUGUCGUGGGCGACUGUUUUGGAGCAGGCAUCGUAAAUUAUUUGUGUCGAAAGGAACUACGGAAAGGAAGCGUGUUUGCUCGGGUUGCAGUCGAAACCGAGAAAGAGAACCUUCUGGGUAUUUCUGCAGAAGAUGGCCAGGAGUUGAACGAACUUCACCAAAAGUCCAAAAAACCUUGCGAUCUGAAGUGGUUCAACAAGCUGAAAAAGAAGGAAGGCGAUCAAGCAGCUGCGAACGAAAUUGAAGAGUCAUCCGAUGCCAUGGUGAAGCACAUGUGAUG